AGAACUAAGUGUCCCUGAACAAGGAUGCUGUUUGGCCUUGGGGUUUAUGUCCAAAGGUAAUUACAGGAGAAUAAAUGAAGGUCAGAGCUCUUCCUUCUCUCAGCAACCACAAGAUCAGGUCGUGGUAGCAGGACAGACAGUGACUUUACCUUGCUCUAUCCAAGGACACCAUGACAUUGUCCUCUGGAUUAAGGAUGGACUUGCACUUGGAGUGGGACGAGAUCUUGCAGGCUAUCCACGAUAUUCUGUGGUUGGAGACCAUUUGUCUGGAGAACAUCAUCUGAAAAUCCAGAGGGUAGAACUUACAGAUGAUGCUGUGUAUGAAUGCCAAGCAAUUCAGGCUGCCCUUAGGUCCAGACCUGCAAGGCUAACAGUUCUGGUUCCUCCUGAUGACCCUGUGAUUAUUGGUGGACCAGUUAUAAGCCUGAGGGCAGGAGAUACUCUGAACCUUACCUGCCGUGCCGAUAAUGCUAAGCCUGCUGCCUCUCUCAUCUGGUUACGUAAUGGUGAGGUUCUCAAUGGUGCCAUGUAUUCUAAGAUUCUUUUGAGAGAUGGGAAACGAGAAAGCACUGUUAGCACUCUGUAUGUCUCGCCAUCAGAUAUUGAAACUGGACAGAUUAUUGUCUGUCGGGCCACUAACAAAGCAAUUCCCAGCGGGAAGGAGACAGCUGUCACCAUUGACAUCCAGCAUCCUCCCUUAGUUAAUCUGUCUGUGGAGCCUCAGCCUGUCUUAGAAGACAAUCCUGUGAAAUUUUACUGCUCUGCAAAGGCUAACCCUGUGGUCACUCAAUACAGGUGGGCCAAAGCAGGCCAGAUUAUCAAGGAAGUGACUGGAGAUACAUAUGAAACCAUAGUGGAUCAUUCCUUUUUUACAGAGCCUGUGUCAUGUGAAGUGACCAACCCACUGGGCAGUACCAACGUCAGCAGAACUGUUGAUGUCUACUUUGGUCCUCGGAUGGCCAUAGAACCACAGUCUCUGCAAGUUGAUCUGGGAUCUGAUGCUAUCUUUAGCUGUGCAUGGUCAGGCAACCCAUCUCUGACCAUUGUCUGGAUGAAGAGGGGGUCCGGAGUGGUCCUAAGUAAUGAGAAUACCUUGGUCUUAAAAUCUGUUCGACAGGAGGAUGCUGGGAAAUACGUAUGUAGGGCUGUAGUUCCUCGAGUAGGAGCAGGAGAACGCGAUGUAUCUCUCACAGUGAAUGGUCCUCCAAUUAUCUCCAGCACGCAGACCCAGCAUGCUUUGCAUGGAGAAAAAGGUCAGAUAAAAUGCUUCAUUAGAAGUACCCCACCUCCAGACAGAAUUGCCUGGUCUUGGAAGGAGAAUGUACUGGAAUCUGGAACAUCUGGGCGAUAUACUGUUGAAACAGUCAGCACAGAGGAGGGCGUUAUCUCGACUUUGACAAUUAGCAAUAUUGUGAGAGCAGACUUCCAGACCAUUUACAAUUGUACAGCCUGGAACAGCUUUGGCUCAGACACUGAGAUCAUACGACUCAAAGAACAAGAGUCGAUCCCUAUGGCAGUCAUUAUUGGCGUCGCAGUUGGAGCAGGUGUGGCAUUCCUGGUGCUAAUGGCAACCAUUGUAGCUUUCUGCUGUGCUCGUUCUCAGAGGAAUUUAAAAGGUGUCGUUUCUGGGAAAAAUGACAUCCGUGUGGAGAUUGUACACAAGGAGCCAACUCCUGGCCAUGAGACAGAAGACCAUCCAUCCAUCAAGCAAUUGAUGAUGGAUAGAGAAGGGUUCCAACAAGAUUCAGCCUUGAAACAACUAGAGGUACUGAAGGAAGAAGAAAAGGAGUUCCAAGCUUUAAAGGAUCCAACAAACGGCUACUACAGUGUAAAUACCUUCAAGGAACACCAGCCAACUCCAACUAUCUCUCUAUCAAAUUGCCAAACUGCCACUCUACGACCUGCCAAUAAGCAACGGGUACCCACAGGGAUGUCCUUCACCAACAUCUACACUACUCUGAGUGGACAGAACCGGCUUUAUGACUAUAGCCAGCGUUUUGUUUUGGGGAUGGGAAGUAGUUCCAUUGAGCUCUGUGAGCGUGAGUUCCAACGUGGUUCCAUGAGUGACAGCAGCUCUUUUGUGGAUACACAGUGUGACAGUAGUGUUAGCAGCUAUGGCAAGCAGGAUGGUUAUGUACAGUUUGACAAGGCCAGCAAAGCAUCUGCAUCCUCGUCACAUUAUUCACAGUCCUCAUCUCAAAACUCGGACCCCACCCGACCUCUGCAGAGGAGAAUGCAGACACAUGUUUAAUGCAUGACUGAUAGAAGCUGGGAAGCCAAAUGUUCUAAAAAUAAUGGGAUUUUCUAUGUCUUAGCAAAGAUGAACUGGGUACACUGGGGCAGGUCUGUAGCUGUCUGAUGUCCCUGUUGCAAAGCACUUUGUUUAUGACCAUGUGUGACCUUUUAUAAUUACAGAGGUAAAAGCAUCACUCGUUUUGAAUUCCUUUAAGAUACUGAUGGAAUUUAACUAGAUGAAAGUGGAAUCACACUGCUAUGGCUCCCAUACCAAAGUUGGUUUGCCCCAGUCUCUGCACAGACCCUUUAAAUAUUUGUGGAACUGUGGAUAAAAUCUACAGUGGUGCACAUCUUCUAUUGAGCAGCAAGAAACUGAGGAGGAGAGCAGACAUUGGGUUUUAGGGGCCUGGAGGAGUUGCAUUAAAUGACUUUAGACUCUAAGCCAUUCCUUAUUUGUCUACACAUCUGUUAAUAGCACUUUCUGCCAACUUCUGAGCCAAGUACAUGCAGCUAUUUGCCCUGUUUCCAUAAUAUUCCUUUGUAUUGCACUUUAAUAAAGUAGGUGACUCUUUUAGGGUCUUCAAGGCCUGUUCAUUUUGCACUGCUGUACAAGAUUCUGAGAUUUCUGAAACCAGCACCUACCUUCCCUACCAGAACACCAGAUGGAUCACAACUCUACAGAUAUUUACAAGCAUGUACAUUGUUUCAUCAAAGCAAGUAAAAGAGUAACCCCUGGAGAAAAAAUUUGCAAAAAUGCCACAGCCAGACCUGCCAGGAAUAUUUUAUCCCUUUUGUGAAGUAGAGAAAAUUUUGCAAACAUUUUACUAAACUUUUUUGUUUAUUUCCAGACUGUAUCAGUAGCACAUAUGCUGUUGUAUAUUUUAUUUCUUUUACUUGUACAGAUGAGUAACCCUCUGGUUGUAAACUUGGUAUUGCAACUAUAGCAUCACACAGUCUUAGUAAGUAUUUCCCUUUCCCCAGACAUAUUCAAAUUGCUGAUAAUCUGUUGAUGCAAGAAAAACAUGUUGUAACCUAAUUCAAGCUACUUUUUGUACUUUCUACAGAGCGCUGCAAUCAGUUAAGGAUUAUGUUUGUAAACUUUGUUUCCAUUGGGAAAGGAAUGUGUGUUUGUUCUCUCCAUCUUGGGUAGUGAUCUUUUCCAACAGCGGGGACAGCUUAUAUUAUUUAUUCUUUUACUUCUGGUUUGUUUUUUAUAGCAGCAAUAUUGCUUCUUGGUUGUGGGAAAAAGCAGCGGACAAUCUGCAAAAUGAAUGCUCCCAAGAACCUGUUAAUAUUGUAUAAAUGGCAACUAAUGCAGAGUAACUCACUGGAAAAAGACAAAAAUGCAAAGCUAUUUGAGCUACUUACCUCAACUUUUACACUUUUCACAUUCUUCCCUUUUCCUUUUAUUUAUUGCUAGAAAGCAUUCUGAGCCAAAAUGAACAAGUAACAAGAAAUGAUAUAAUUUAUCAAUACUGAAUUAUCUGUAUUGUAAAAAUAAAACUGAAUUUAAUAUGACAUUUAAGAAAUGCAUUAAAUUUAACCCUAAAGUAUGACUGACUGUGUAAGAUUACAUCUCGAUUAGUGCAUGGUCUGACAAUCAGAGGAAAUGGAAAUUUUGGACUGUGGGAAUUUUCCUUUUUCUAAAUGGCACAGGAUAAGCGAAGACCAGUUUUGUGCGUUUUCAGUGUACAAAUAAAAAUAGUUUCUCAUUCCUCCCCUUGUACCCCAUUUGACUGCUUCUCCUUCAACCCUUUCCUUUUCUUGCUGCCAAAUAAUGAAAUUAAAAUUAAAAGUUAUUUUGAGAAAAGAAAAAAAAAUAAAAUGUGUGAAGUCCACCAGUUA